AUGAAGCUGAUGAAGGCGUGGUUCCUGAUGCGGCUGUUGACGCGUCUGGCAGAAAUGAAGGGCUCCAGGUCGUAUUUGCAGCUCCGGUUGUCGGCGCCUGUCGAGCACGUCAUCCAAGCUAAUUGGCCGCAGUUGCAGACCCACUUGCGGAACUUGCGGCACCGGCGCGCCGAGAUCGACGGGGAGGUUUCUAAGGUCGUCAUAGACGGGCAUCAGAAGCUCACCCGGAAGUGUUGCGGGUUGAUGUAUGGAGGCUACACCCGCGAUCCAAAUCUCGGCAAGGUGUGCUUGCACCCCUGCCCUGCCCCCACGAGGGGCCAGCGCGAGCGCUGGUGCACUUGCCACGCCAGUUUGCUGGAGAAGCCCGUGCCGUUUGAGGGCGCCAAAGACGCAGACGUUUUUCUUGUCCGGCGCCGCGAAUGCUUGGGGGGCACGCUGGACGACGUGCUCUGUGUGACGUCGCAGCGGCAAGGCGUCGGAGCAGUUCGAGUGGUUGACGAUAUUGAAGGCUGCUGGGACGCCGUCCAGUCCACUUUGGUCAGGCGCGCCGCAGAUGCCGCGAAAGACGCGGCCGAGUCCCGUGCCAGCGAGGGGGCGCCGGACAAACUCAAGGCGAAGUUGCCCCGGCCGCAGAAAAAACGCAGGUUGCCCGCUGGCCUGCGCACUUCUGCGAGCUGCGGCGAUGGGGCGCGCCCUUCGGCGAGCCGCGGCGAUGGCGACGCCGGCCGAGCCGCGCAUGCGACGGCUGCGCAGCCUGCGCAGCCCGUAGACCCCGCGGCGGCACUUCCGGCGGUCGACGCAUCACUCAGGGAGCUGGAACAGAUUUCGUGCAAAACCCACAAGAGUUUUGCCAAGGGAGGGAAACGGGGCAAGCUGGAGUCCGCUUCUCUUGCAGUGCGGCGAACUGGGGGGUUCCUUGUCGCGUGCUCGCCCAGCGGGCACAUUAUCGACGUGGAGGAGUUCUUCGGCGUUGAAAGCUUGGCGCAGCGGUAUUGCUUUCUGGCCCGCUUGAAGAAGCGAUUCCCCGCCUUGAACGUCGUCAUCCACGACGACGCCUGUCAUCUCCGCCAAUACAGCACCAAUAGAAAGGACCAGUCUGCCUUAGCCGCCUUGUUGGCACACCCGUGCGUCGUAUACGUGGUGGACAGAUUUCACGCCAGAGGUCAUGUCGACCCAUGGUGUAAGCAGCACUGCUGCCCCGACGCACCAGGCGUCAAGGAGCUCGUUGACGGCGCAAACACCAGCAUCUGCGAGAUUACCUUCUCUUGGGCGGCGAGGCACCAGUUCAAGCUCUGGUCGUUGAACACGUAG